AGGAAAAGGACAGCAGCAGUCGCUCCCAGCCUUGGCUGCUGGACGCUGGGCUCAUGGGCAACUUGUUGCUGUAAUUUCUCGGUUACUUCCUCUCACAUCAGGCUCAAAGAGUGCGAGGAAUUCUGCUGAUAACACCGUCGACGCCUGGAUCCACCCUGUUGUUUGUUAUCAUAAGAACUUGUAGAUUUUUUUCUGCCCGUUUAUGUACGGAUGAGAAGGAGGCAGCUCUCAGUUGACAGUUUGUCCUCCUGGAAUGGCCAUUGUGUUCCUGAACAGAGGAUGUUCCUAUCUUUGUGUUUUUUCCUGAACUAAGCCUUGAAGGUUGCAUUUUAAAGUUAGCUGUUUAGUUAGAUCUUAACUACUGAAGAUACUAAAGCUUUAUUUUUCCUCUCUGGACCUGAGACUUAGAGCCAUGUUGCUCUUUCUCCUCGUGUCGCUGGAUUUCUGCAUCCAAACAUCAGGACAACAGCAGACCGCUCCACCAGGUCGCUGUGAUGUCCCUCAGAGGUUAGAUGUUUACACCGACUGCACCUCCUGCGCCGCGUCCAUCACAGCCAGCUGCCCCCGUGGCUUCACAAAGCUCGGCACCAACAACUGCAGUUAUGUGGUGCAGAUCGGCGGCAGGGAGAUGGAGCUUCAGGGAUGUCAGCACACGUGUGUGAAGAGUUUCCUGCAUCCAAAGUGCUGCCCCGGCCACUGGGGCCCACUGUGCCUGUCGUGUCCAAGCUGGUCAGGAAAGACCUGCAACUUUAACGGAGCCUGUAUGGACGGAGACAUGGGCAACGGCACCUGCAUCUGUGAUGAGGGAUUGACAGGGUUUGCUUGUCAGGAGUGUAAAAAUCCAAAAGCAUUUGGGAAAAAGUGUGAUAAAGUGUGUGACUGCGUGAACGGAGUGUGUAACAAAGGACCUGACGGUGAUGGGGAGUGUCUAUGUCAGCCGCCGUACACUGGGAGGCGCUGUGACAAAGUAAGCAGCGGGUGUCGAAGUUGCAGCUCCUUCUCGUACUGCAAAGGAAAAGAAGAAAAUGCAGGCUGUGACUGCUUGCCUGGAUACAGGAUGAUGAAGGGGAACAAGUGUUUAGCUGCAUGCUCCCAGAGAGACUGUGAUGUCAACGCCGAGUGCUCCACAAAGGCCACCAGUAUCAGAUGCACCUGCAAACCAGACUAUGAGGGAGACGGCAAGAUCUGCGUCCCGAAAAACCCCUGCUUGGAGAACAACGGUGGCUGCCCCAUCAACUCCACUGUUUGUGUCUUCAGAGGACCAAACAAGUCCAGCUGUGAGUGCAUGUCUGGAAUGUCGCCUGUAGGAGGCAGCCCUGAGAACGGCUGCCAGCUCGUCUCUGCCUGCUCAGUUGAUACCUGUGAUACAACAGCAGUCUGCCAGACCGAGCUGGAUGGAAAGCCCAGGUGCGUUUGCGAGCCAGAGCAGAUUGGAGAUGGGCAGCGUUGCUACGGUAACCUGAUGGAGCGCCUCAUCGAGCUUGACUCAAGAGGAAACCAGAGAGAAAAUCUGACCGGAGCCGUCGCCUUGUUUGAGAACGGCUGUUUGAUGGUUCUUAGUCACUCUGGACCCUUCACAGCUUUCUUCCCGCUGCUGAAACAGCCUCUGAGUGGUGUCGAUGAGGAGGCAGUGUGUAAAAACCACCUGAUCCUGGGUCAGCACCUCUACAAAGAUUUGGAGGGAAAAGACUUUAAACUUUACGGAGGAGAGAAGCUCCGGGUCAAAGUCAAUAAGAAGUUCAUCCUGAUGAAUGAUCCCACCAAGCCAUACUCGAUCAUCCAGGCAGACCUGCCAGCAGCCAACGGCAUCAUCCACAUCAUCGACCGGCCAAUCACCAGCAGCCUUCCCAGCAGCUCAUCCAGGGACGAACAGUUUGCUGACCUCACCAUCGGCGAGAUUCUGAGAAAAGAUGAGAAAUUUAAUCGCUUCCUGUCCCUGGUUGACAACUGUGGCUCCCCUCCUCCUCUCCGUGGACCAGGGCCCCUCACUGUGUUCAUCCCCACCAAUUACGCGGUGGACCGGGCCCGAGACGGCAGCAUCCUGUACAUGUUGAAUGAUGCCAAACAUAAACUACAGGAGCUGCUCAGACACCAUGUUUUCUCCCAAGCUGCGUUGACUGUCGAUGAGUUGGCCUCCCUUCCUGUUAUUCAAACGAUGGCCAAUCAGUUUGUCACCAUCUCUGCUUCUGAUAGUGGAGAGAUCCUGCUGGCAGAUAAGAAAGUCCAUGUGGUGGGCACCAACAUCAUGGCGUCCAACGGUGUCAUCCACAUGAUCGAUGGGCUGCUGUACCCGCCCUCCAUCCUGCCCAUUCUGCCUCACCGCUGCGAUGUCACCGAGAGCAAAAUCACUGUGGGUCCUUGUGUUCACUGUAGAUUCCUCUCUGCGACUCAGUGUCCUGAAGGGACCAUUGAAAUGGAGAGUCAUCAGAUCGGAUGUGAAUAUACGGUCCCUCCUUUUAGCGAAAUGCACCACAAAGGCUGCGCCAAAUACUGCAACGCCACCAAGCAGGUGGCGGAGUGCUGCAAAGGUUUCUACGGUCCGGACUGUAAACCCUGCAUCGGAGGAUUCCAGCAUCCCUGCUACGACAAAGGAGCAUGUUUUGACGGUAUCCAUGGUAACGGCUCAUGCAGCUGCCAUUCCGGAUUCAGAGGACUCGCCUGUCAUAUCUGCACGGAUCCGUCCAAACAUGGAGAAAACUGCGACGAAGAGUGCCGCUGCCUGCAUGGCGUGUGCGAUAACCGGCCCGGCAGUGGCGGCGUGUGUCGGAGAGGAUCGUGUGUGGAGGGAUAUUCUGGAGAUUAUUGUGAAAAAACGGCCACGCCCUGCAAUGCCGACGGCUUGAUGGCUCACUGCCACAUCCACGCAUACUGCACCCACACUGGACUGGAUUAUAGCUGUUUGUGCAGGGAUGGAUAUGAGGGCGAUGGCCACUCCUGUUCUCCCAUCAACCUCUGCCUAAAGAGCAACCGCGGAGGCUGCGACGCCAACGCAGAGUGUGUGUACGCGGGUCCGGGUAAUGUGUCGUGCGUGUGCGCUGAGGGAUGGACUGGGGACGGGAAAGUCUGCGUGGAGAUCAACAACUGUCAGCUGGAAGGCCGAGGAGGCUGCAGCCCCAACGCCGACUGCAAUCACAUCGGACCAGGACAGAGCGAGUGUGUUUGUAAAACUGGUUAUAUGGGAGAUGGCAAGGUGUGCGACCUUAUCAACCCCUGUCAGAAAAACAAUGGAGGCUGCCAUGAGUUGGCCAAAUGUGAGCUGAAGGAAAAUGCAGUGCACACCUGCACCUGUUUGGACGGCUUCUUUGGGGAUGGAAAACUGUGCUACGGAACAUUAAAGGAUGAGCUGGACAUGCACUUCCAGUUCCUCGGCCUCAACAAACAAAUUCUGAGGUGUAAAGAGGCUCAGGGGGAUCUUAGCGGGAACCUCACCGUCUUGUCUCCUUCAUUAAGAGCCUUUGGGAACCUGAGCAUGACCGACAUAUUUUUCUGGACCAGCCGGCACCGCCUGCCUCACUUACUGCGGGCCCACUUCCUAAGGGGAGUUUACUCUUUGGAGGACCUGGAGGGUCUGGUGGGACACAAGGUGCCCACUCUGGACUCCUCCACCGAGUGGGAGAUCAGCAACGUCAGCGGGGUGCUCCACAUUGGAGAUGCCGCCAUCAUUUCCCACAACGUGCCUGCGGUCAACGGCUUCAUCCACACCAUAAACAAGGUUCUGACCCCGUCCCGCUCAGACCUUCCACCUGAACCUCCCACUGUGAUGGCGUUCCUGAACGCCUCAUCCAGCUUCUCUCUCUUCAGACAGUACGCUCUGAUGUACAACCUGUCUGGGCACCUGGAUCAACGGAUAUUUACGCUCUUUCUGCCAACCGAUGACGUGAUCAGGAACCACCUCAGCAAGACAAACUCGUCAGUUCUGGACUCGGACACGUUUCUGUACCAUGUGAUUCCUAAAGAGGUGCUGUCACUCGACCAACUCCAUGACGGCAUGUUCAAAGCCACUCUGCUGGGCGAGGACUACGAGGUCCAGUUCCACCUAACAGCAGACAACCAGACUGCUGUAAACGACGUUCAUCUUAACGGCAGCGUCAUUGACACGCAAUACGGCAUCAUUCACGUCCUCCCACAGGUCCUUAGAGUCAGACGCAACAGGUGCAGCAGGCAGGUCAAAACCCAGAUCAAAGGAAGGUGUACAGACUGCGAAGGACCUCCUCUGUGCUACUACGUGUAUAAGCCAAUCAAUGAGCGGUUUCCUGCUAAAAUGAGGUCCAACUGUUUUUACCGGAAGCGGGUCGGGGGCCGGAGGAAAUCUGUACCAGGCUGCCUCAUCAAUUGUCUUCGUGUCACGAAGGAGCACAGGUGUUGUCCUGGUUUCUACGGCCACGAGUGCUUCAAAUGCCCCGGAGCAGAUGGCAGCCCAUGCUUCAAUCAUGGGCAAUGCCAGGACGGUAUCCAAGGCAACGGGGAGUGCCGUUGCUAUGAGGGUUUCCAUGGCACCGCCUGUGAGGAUUGCGAGCCGGGACGCUAUGGAGUCAACUGCACCUCCAAGUGUUCAUGCAACCAUGGAAAGUGUGACGACGGUCUAGCAGGAAGCGGCAGGUGUCUCUGCUACAAAGGGUGGAAAGGAGCGUCCUGCUCUAUAGAGAUCAAAGACGACGCCUGUGGCGGCGUGUGUGAUGACAAUGCCAACUGUGUCACAGGACCACAGGGAUCAGCUGCCGUUUGCGUCUGUGUCGCUGGUUACGAUGGAAACGGAACCCACUGCAGAGAGCUGGAUCUGUGCAGCAUUAGGAACGGUGGCUGCUCGGAGUUUGCCAACUGCACAAAGGUCUCUGCUGGUGAGAGAACCUGUACCUGCAAAGAGGGUUACACCGGUGAUGGAGUCGUCUGUCUGGAAAUCGAUGGCUGUCUGGUCAACAAUGGAGGCUGCCACAAAGCAGCAGAGUGCACCCGAGCUGGCCCAAAUAUUACUGCCUGCAGGUGUCUGACAGGCUUCGAGGGAACAGGGAGGUUCUGCCACCCAGUCAACCCCUGCAAAACCAACAACGGCGGCUGCAGUAGAUACGCAAUCUGCCGGUAUAUGGGGGAGGGCCAAAGGAACUGCACCUGUCGAAGCAGCUACAUUGGGGACGGCUUCGACUGCAGGGGAAAUACCUACAACGAGGUGCUCCGGCAGUCAGAGAACAGAUUCUUUCAGAAAAUGAUGUCGAAAUCCAGCAGUCGUCCCUUUGGUAACGGACCGUUUACCAUCUUCGUGCCUCUGGAGGAAACCAACAAUGACUCCAUAAUUGAUGAAUGGAAGGAACGGGGCCGCCUGGAGCACAUGGUUGAUUACCACAUGGUUUCCUGUGAGAUUCUGACCUUAAGUGACCUAAAAACCACCAGCAGUGUGGUCUCUCUGUCGGGAUACACUCUGGAGUUCAGUGUGAAGGAGGGUUCGGUUUGGAUCAACAACAAAUCCAUGAUCGUGAAGAGCGACUACACCACAACCAACGGAGUCAUCCACCACAUCGACAGGGUGCUGACGCCGUACAGCCUGCAAGACAAGCCGCAGAUUAACAUUAAAAUGAACUUCAGCACUGCGGCGACGUUUUAUGGCUAUGGACGCUUUUAUAAGCUCAUUGAGGAUGCAGGUCUGCUCCCAGUGCUCCGGAUGUCCAUCCACCAGCCCUUCACCAUCUUCUGGCCCACUGACAAGGCCCUGGACUCCCUGCCAGCCGAAAGGCAGCGCUGGCUCUCCAGUCCGGACCACCAGGACCAGCUAACUGCUACGAUCAAGGCUCACAUCAUCCGCAAUUUCGGGAAGAUAAAAGUUGGCCAGGCUGGUAAAUCUACAUCAUACCGGACCAUGCAUGGAUCCACCAUCAAGUUGAGCUGUGACAAGAAGCUGGUGGGAUCUAUAUUGAUCAAUGAAAACGAAGCCAGGCUGGUGGAUCGCUACAUUUCCUUCAUGGAGGGCGCGGGAUUUGGGAUCGACCAGCUUCUGGAGCCACCUGGACUGGGAGCGUUCUGCGACAGCAUACAGAACAAAACUACUUACGGCCGCUGUGGGAGCUGUUUGUUCCCUCCACGCUGUCCCCAACUCGACACGGUAAGGACCGACCAUUCAGCUCUCCAACUAUUCCUUAAGCUGUACACUGAUUUGUUCACUGCUGUGACCAUACAGGGGAAAAUGAUGAGCUGUAUGCAGCCCCGCAGCAGGUAUCGAGCCAGCUGGUAUGAUGACCUGAAUCGUUAUGGAAGAAAACGCUGCAAGAGAGUUUGUCAGUUUCCUGCCUGGGUCCCGAAAUGCUGCAAAAAUCACUACGGCAGCGAAUGUCGUGUGUGUCCAGGUGGAGUUGAAGACCCCUGCAGCGGCCAUGGAGACUGUGAAGAUGGUGUUACUGGUUCAGGAGCCUGUAAAUGCUACAAAGGAUUCAAAGGAAAGUCAUGUGACCUCUGCGAGACGGGUUACUAUGGUACCAACUGCACAGCCUGCAGCUGCGUGAAGGGGAGCUGCGAUGACAGCAUGGAUGGGACCGGCCAGUGUGUCUGCCAGCCAGGUUGGGAAGGAGAUCGCUGCCAGAACAAGAUUGGCUCAGUCCCUGAGAAUUGCCGGCAGUGCCAUGCCCAGGCCAGGUGUGUGUUCGAUGUCGGCUGUCAGUGCAUACCUGGAUACGAGGGCAAUGGUACUUUCUGCAGUCCAGUUCCACCUCCAGACCUCUGCUCUGAAUACAACGGUGGAUGUGACCUCAACGCAGACUGCAACCAGACCGGGCUCGUCGUAAACUGCACUUGUCGUAGUGGUUACCAGGGAGACGGCUUCUCCUGCGAGCCAGUCAACAGAUGUGUGGUUGAGCCGAACGGGGGUUGCAGUGACUUCGCCUCCUGCAAGUUCACUGGACCUAAUGAGCGGAGGUGUGAGUGCCUCCCAGGGUAUGUGGGUAAUGGAGUCCAGUGUCUAGAGAAAGUGGAGCCCCCUGUUGACCGUUGCCUGGAAGAGAACGGAGGCUGUGACCCUGUGGCCACCUGCAAGGACCUCCAUUACCAUGCAAACACAGGGGGAGUGUUCCACCUGCGCUCCCCAGAGGGGAAGUACAUGAUGAACUUCACCCAGGCAACGAUGGGCUGCCAGGCUGAGGACGCUACCCUGGCCACGUUUCAACAGCUGGGAGAUGCUCAGCAGCUCGGGAUGCAUCUGUGUGUUGCUGGCUGGAUAGAAGGAGGGAGGGUAGGAUACCCGAUCCGCUUCCCCUCUGUCAAAUGUGGAGACAACCACGUGGGCUUAGUUAUGUACAAAGACCCGGUGGACCAGAGCAGCAAGUACGACGCCUACUGCUACAGGCUCAGAGACGUGUCCUGUUCAUGUCCUGAGGGUUAUGUUGGAAACGGUGACUUCUGCAACGGCGUCCUGACCAGUGUUCUGGCUACAAACAGCAACUUCUCCAUUUUCUACAAGUUGCUGGUGGACUAUGGCGGCUCGUCCUCCGAAGGCAGGCAGCUCAUCGACAUCUUGGCUCACAGGAAGUCUGAACUCACACUGUUUGUUCCCCAUAACUCUGGAUUUGCUCCGAACCUGACUCUUUCGGAAAGAGAUCUGGAGUAUCACAUCUCAACCAAUCACAGCAGGCGACCAUUUAAGGAUCUAAAGCACCAGGAAGUCCUCCAAUCCAGGCUUGGGUUCAACCUGACCGUUACCUAUGGCAACAACGAGAGCUGUAAACUGGUGAACCAGCGGCUGUUGCUGGACUGGGACAUUCCUGCCGUGAACGGGAUCAUUCAUGUCCUGGAGGCGCCACUGACAGCCCCCGCCCCCCUGGUGAUCCACAGCCGCUCCAGAGGCCACGCCCACUCCACUGGGGUAGCGUCAGCCAUAUUGGUUCCCUUGUUGGUAUGUGUGCUGGCAGCACUGGGGUACUACCUCUUCAGGCAAAAGAUGGACGCCUUCCGCUUCCACUACUUCAAAAAUGAGGAUGAAGAUGGUGCUGCAGGUGGACCAACCAAACCAACGCUGGUUUCCAUCCCAAACCCUCUCUACAGCGGCUCCAGGGCCUUCGCUGAGCCCUUUGGGGAAAUGACUUCAGCAGCGGAACCAGCCGAGCCCACAGAACCUCCAAACAUUUUGGACUUGGACCAGUGAAACCAGUUUACCAGAACAUUCUGUUAUCAACAGAUUCAGAUUCUUCUCUUUCCAGAAAGAGAAUAAAGUUGUUUACUAAAAUAA